CCAGACAGACAUCACUUAAACUCCAUCCGGAACAUGUUCAGCUUUCGAGUUGUGAUACUAAUUUUGGGAUGUCUUCGGUUAACUGAAGCUGCAACCAACGUACUCAACCAUGGUGAUAAGCUUAAUUCCAAUUCAUCUGAUUAUCUUGUAUCCCGAAAUGGAGCCGUCGCCUUAGGCUUCUGCAAACAAGAGUAUGGUCAGACUUGGGAUGGCAAACAAUUUGGAUAUUACUUGGCUAUGUGGUACACUGAAGACAAGUCAAACCGCUCGAUCUGGUUGGCUAACCGAGACGAUCCGAUCGCAGACGACUCGGGAGUUCUCAUCGUAGACACUACCGGACUUAAAAUUACUCGCACCGGUGAGAAUCCUAUCAGACUUUUCUCACUUCAAUCUACCUCUAUCACCAUUAACAGUUCAGAUACCAAGCUUGUCUUGCAAGAUACGGGCAAUCUUGUUUUGCAAGGUACAAACAAAGUAUUGUGGCAAAGCUUUGAUUAUCCAACUAACACUUUCCUGCCUGGGAUGAAAUUGGGUGUCAGCCAUGGGGCAAGGUUGUCACUGACUUCUUGGUUAACCAGAUCGAUCCCGGCGUCUGGAUCGUUUACCCUGGAAUGGGAUCCUAUAGGAAACCGAUUAGUUGUUCAGCUUAGAGAGAGGGUUUUAUGGACUACCGGUGAAGGUUUUAGAAAUAUUCCCCCUUUGGAUCCAUUGAGCAUGAACUAUAAUUUCACUCAUGUUUCUAAUCCAAAUGAGCAAUAUCUCUAUUAUACGCUUGCCAUUAGUCAAUUUACUCCUGAAGAACGUAGGAAAAAUGCGAGGUUAGUGUUGUUUUACGAUGGGAGUUUACUUGGAAGCAAGUUUGUCCUAUUCGAUUCGAAAACCUGUGCUGGUGAUAGAACAGAUAAUGGUUGCGAUCGAUGGGAAGGAACGAAGUGCAGAAACAAAGGUGAUAAGUUUGAAAUAAGGUCCGUAAGAUAUCCACAUACAGACUCUUUAAACAAUACGCUAUUGGGAAACAUCAGUCUUUCCAUAAACGAUUGUAAGGACCUGUGUUGGAAAGACUGCAAUUGUUUGGGAGUCAAUGCCAUGAUGGACCUUGGUUGUCAGUUUCUUUCUGGACCUUACCAAGAAGGUGGGCUGGAAGCUACUUCAUAUCAAGUUAUAAUUCGCAACGGUUCGAGUAAGUUUAAUACCGCUCGCAGCUUGCUCAUGUUUCGAUCUAUAAACAUCUUUCUAUUCUGUUGGAUGGUAUAA